AAACAAAUUCCGAGUAUUUGCACAUCAAUUGUCCAUUCAUCUUUGUAUAAAUAUGCUUUCUUUCCUCUUUUCGUCAUUGCACUCUCCUUCUUACUUUUUGUUACUCCUCGAAAUUUUGCUGUUGUAGACACGAUCGCCACUUACUGUGAAAAAAUGACAGAUUCACUUAUUUACCAUCAACAAUAUAAUGAUUUUGUUACAAACGGUUAUUCUUACCACAAUGAUUUCCAAACCGAUACAACAUUUAUACACCAUAUUGAAAAAGACGACGAUAAAAAAGCUCGGCAACGCCUUUCCUUCUCUGCAUUAUUACAAAAAAGUUCUUUUGGUCGUCGAAUCAGUAUGUUUGGACGCCAACAACAAUUCAUAAAGCCGUCAAGCCAAACCCCAAAUAUGUUAAUCCCAGGAACAACGGCAACAAUGAAGCAGCAAGAAAGUAUCACUGCAAUCGAUAACUCCCUGGAAAGAGUGUGUCCAGAUUUUGGAACGACAACGUCAGUUUGUCGAACUGCUACUACUGUUACAGAUGAAGAAGAUGAUAAUCCCAGAACGCCAAGCACUAAUAGUACGAUAUCUUCAUCAACAGUAACGCGAAAAUCGUCUGCAAAGAGCAUCUCUGUGGAAGAUCUUCGAGCCUUCAUAACAGAGUUCCCUGCUUCUAGCAACUGUAGUCCAUUGAAAGAUUACUCAGGAAAAGGUUAUUCAAACUUUUACAUGAAGCUACCCAAUGGAAAUUGGAUGGUGCGUGUGAGAGACGGCAACAGGAAAAUUGUUGGCACAUUUGAAGUGGAUGGCUAUAUGGUCUAAAAGAACGUAUGGCCCUUAUUAUUAUUUUUUUACAUAUAUACUCAUACUUGUAUCACCUUUAUCAGUCAUUUUAGGCAUGCCUUUAUUCUAUACAUAUACUCAUUUUAUUCUAUUGCAUACUUAAAUUAUCGUCUAUACAAUUUAACAAAGCUACGUCCCCUUCCCGACAAUUUUUUAAUAUUCUACCCCUUUUAUCCCCAUCGUUAUGAAUUCAAGCAUGAUUAGUAUUAACAAUCUGGCCUGCCAGAUCUAAUAACCUCGGAAUUGUACAUUUUAUUUUCAUAUAACUAUACCUUCUAUUAUUAUAUGCAACGUUAGCAAAAAAGAAGAAGAAGAAAAAAAAGUGGCUUCUUCGGCUAACACCUACAGAAAUUGUUCUAAUAAAGC